CAUGCACACAAGCACACACCCAAAAUCAUAGAUACACAUCUCCAGAUAUACACUCAAACUACAACCUAAAGUCACUUUGGAAAAUAUCUAAAAAACACAGAGGGACCAGACUUUUUGACAGCCCAGCAUCCCGAGGGCCUGAAGUGAAGCUGCUUUGUAACAUACUGACCAUACAGGGCUCUGGUCAUUGCCAGCAGGUGAAAACCCAUUCACUGAGAUUUUGCCAGCACAACGGAUUUAUGAUUUCUUCAGUGCGAUCUGUACAAAUUUAGACAAAAGGUGGAGGUGAACUAACGCUGUCUACAUCAAACCAUGGAGCCGGACGAUGACAAAAACUCUGUGGAUAUCCAUGACAACCCCCCAGCUCCUGACAAUGUAGUGAGGGAGGACGGAGACACUGUCUAUUUCAUAUAUGAGGAGGAAGUGGAGGUGGAGGAGAAGGAACCAGAACCUCCUUCAGAGCUUGUCCGGGUCAAUGACAAACCCCACAAAUUCAAGGACCACUACUGCAAGAAGCCCAAGUUUUGUGACGUCUGCGCUCGCAUGAUAGUCUUGAACAACAAAUUUUGCCUGAGAUGCAAAAACUGUAAGACCAACAUCCACCACUCAUGUCAGUCGUAUGUUGAGUUUCAGAGGUGUUUUGGCAAAAUUCCGCCUGGAUUCAGAAGGGCCUACAGCUCCCCUCUGUACAGCAGUGACCAACCAGACCCAAACAACCCAAACCGGAACGACCCAGUUUUCGACACCCUGCGGGUUGGCGUCAUCAUGGCAAAUAAGGAGCGUAAGAAGAAUGAAAAUGAUAAGAAAAAUAUGAUGAUGAUGAUGGAAGAGGAGGAAGAGGAGAACCAACAGCCCAAAGAGAAUGAGGAGGGAGGAGAAGGGAAGCCUGAUGAUAAAAAAGAGAAAGGAGGAGACAAAGCAGAUGACAAGACUAAAGGCACUUUCUCCCAGUCCCACUAUUACCUGGCUCUCUACCGCUUCAAGGCCAUUGAGAAAGAUGACCUUGACUUUCACCCUGGUGAUCGGAUCACAGUGUUGGAUGACUCCAAUGAAGAGUGGUGGAGAGGAAAGAUGGGAGAGAAGUCCGGCUACUUCCCCGCCAACUACCUCAUAAAAGUCCGAGCAUCAGAAAGAGUUUACAAGGUGACGCGCUCCUUUGUGGGAAACAGAGAGAUGGGACAAAUUACACUUAAGAAAGACCAGAUUGUGGUGAAGAAAGGAGAUGAGAAAGGCGGCUACUUGAAGGUCAGCACUGGACGCAAGCUGGGCUACUUCCCUGCCGAUCUGCUGCAGGAGAUCACUGUGACUUAAUCAACCUGAUAUGAAAUGGAAAAUCCAUUGCAUAAUAACGAAAAGUAUUAGCGAGAACUGGAGGUCCUGAUUUUCUACAUUUACUACUAAUAGAAAAGCUAAAUAUAGCUGUGCCUUUGACAUAAUGGUUUAAAAGUCAUUUUCACUAAUGCCUGCAAUGAAGAAACAUUUAGCUGAUUUAUUGGUUUUGCUGUGAACGGCGUAGUUAUGCAAGUGUUUGAUUUAAUUUAAAGUUUGAAAAGAGCAAAAUUUUCUUUGAUUGGAUUUGUAAAUAAUUUCACAUGUAUGACUCUGAAAACCUUAACCAAGAUAAGAAAAAAUCUGUGUAAAAAAACAUCAGUGCUAUACAUUAAAUUGUUUAGUGUGUUUGCACCAUUUAAUACAAUUAAGUGGGUGUAAUGCUUGUAGUGCCUAAAGAAUUAAACCAAAAAUGCUCUUAA